AUGCGAAAUUGCAGGAUCUUACAUACAGUCAUAGAGAAACCCUGUCGGAAUUGUGCCUUGUCAAAUCGCCAAUGUACUUAUGCUAUCCGCGAUCGGAAGGUGACAGUCACGGAGAGCUAUCUUAAGCAGCUCGAGGGCGGUUUGCUCGCUGCAAAAUCAUCGGGGAGGUCUUCGAGACGUAUUUCUUCCGACGCCGUGGAUAGUCCUGGAAAACAGCCCAUCCAAGAACCCGACCACAACUUUGGUCGUCGCUCUUAUGAGCUCUUGGGCGAAAACUCAACUGCAGAACAUUUUGUGUCCAAAUUGAAGGAGAUUCGAGACUUGAAGACUUCGCCGGGUGGUCAGGGCACGCGAUUAGACAGUCUCAGCAUUACUGACGAAUCCGAGCUGCGGGUGUCAUAUCCCGCCAGAUAUGAGUAUGCCGCAUUGAAGUUUGAUACAACUUGUAGGUCUCACUUGGACUAUUCUCACGUCUACUUACUCAUAUACCGCCUAGAUUCGACUUGUACCUUUAGACUCCCUCCAUAUCCAUAUGUGGUUCAUCUACUUGAGCAGUUUUCGAUCUAUUUAGGUCAUGACUGGCAUUUGUUCCGUCCACAAACCUUUCAUCAAAAGCUGCAUCAUACCUAUAUGACAGUGGAUUCCUCAGAAUCGAAAGAUCGCGCUUGGUUAUGCAAACUCCUCGUCGUACUCGCGCUCGCAGAGUCAGUCGAUGUUGGUAGACAGCCCGAGAUAAAGUUGGAUCUUUAUGACCCUAUAUCACGGCCAAGCCAAAAUAUGCCAUCGGAAUACAUCCCUAUCCCCGGGCAAGAGUUUUUCGAACAGGCGUUGAUGAUACUGAAAAUUUCUUACGAAAAUACCACGGUUGACCACAUUGAGAUUUUGAACUUGAUAGCUCUCUACUCAAACCAACUCAACAGGCAAAAAGCUGCAUACAAUUAUACAGGAGCGAGUGCAAGACUAUGCAACACGUUGCAGUUGCAUAAGGUAUCUGCAUCGAUUGAUUGUUCACCGGCUGAGCGAGAGCACAGGAAACGUCUAUGGUGGUCGACAUACUGUCUGGACAGAAUGACCAGCACAUUUACUGGCUUGCCGCCUGCCCUCGAGGUUGAUCAAACCGACCUUGCAUAUCCUAAGCAAGCUGAACUUUCACCGGAUGAGACCGAGGAGUUCAGCGAUGCCGAUUUUCUAACUGCCCGUAUACAGCUCACUAUAAUUCAAACAAGAAACUUGAAGAGUGUGUCUCACAUCGGCCUUGACGAUGCACAAGAUAUCAAAACCGUCCUUCGUCCCAGUCUGCAAAGACUUGAAUCUUGGAGAGAAAGCCUGCCAGCCCAUAUGGUUUCUGAGACUGGAAAUGAUAUAAAUGAGCGUACAAGAUCACUACCCUUCAAGCGUUCCCUGGCUAACAUGCACCUGCGCUUCAACCAUUGCAUAUUACUUUUGCUCCGGCCACUUAUUCUAAGACAAGUAGCUUGUAUAUUCGCAAACGAGACAUCAAAUGCAUCUCAGGAGGAUCUAGAAUAUAUCAAUAACAACUGCCUUAAGUCAGCGCGGUUAAAUGUGCUCAUCAUGAUCAACGUGCAGUCUGCUGGUCUAAUCACACGAUUGGGAUUCAUGGAAAACAUGCAUUUAUUCACAAGCCUAAUGAUCCUCUGUCUAGCAAUGUCAGUUAAUGCCCGGCGACCUGGAAGCUUCAAAGAGACACCGGACGAUAUAAAAACAUACCAGUCGGGUAAAGGUGUCCUUACUUAUAUGAUGAAAUGUGGAAGCUUGGCUGCAAAGGGACAUCUGAACAUGUUAAAAGAGGUCGAGGACCUAGGAAUCGCUAUUGCAACGGAAAGCGGAGGAGUAGAUCCUGAUGAGGGAAAUCAGUGGGAUAUUGAAGAGUGGGUGACACAGUUGUUUGAGAGCGAGGACAUGCUAGGCUCCUGUGGUUUACAGAAUUGUACAUAA